AUGUGCGUCAAAACCCUGAAAUUUCACACAAAAAAGAGGAACAUAAAGGGAAUCCAGGAAGAGGGACUCUGUCCGGAGGAGGAGGAGGAAGAGGGACGCUGUCCGGAGGAGGAAGAGGAGGAAGACGGACUCUAUCCGGAGGAGGAGGAGGAGGAAGAGGGACUCUGUCCGGAGGAGGAGGAGGAAGAGGGACGCUGUCCGGAGGAGGAAGAGGAGGAAGACGAACUCUAUCCGGAGGAGGAGGAGGAGGAAGAGGGACUCUGUCCGGAGGAGGAGGAGGAGGGACUCUGUCCGGAGGAGGAGGAGGAGGAGGAAGAGGGACGCUGUCCGGAGGAGGAAGAGGAGGAAGACGGACUCUAUCCGGAGGAGGAGGAGGAGGAAGAGGGACUCUGUCCGGAGGAGGAGGAGGAGGGACUCUGUCCGGAGGAGGAGGGACUCUGUCCGGAGGAGGAGGAAGAGGGACUCUGUCCGGAGGAGGAGGAGGAAGAGGGACUCUGUCCGGAGGAGGAGGAGGAGGAAGAGGGACUCUGUCCGGAGGAGGAGGAGGAGGAGGAAGAGGGACUCUGUCCGGAGGAGGAGGAGGAGGAGGAGGAGGGACUCUGUCUGGAGGAGGAGGAGGAGGAGGGACUCUGUCCGGAGGAGGAGGAGGAAGAGGGACUCUGUCUGGAGGAGGGACUCUGUCCGGAGGAGGAGGAGGAGGAGGGACUCUGUCCGGAGGAGGAGGAGGAAGAGGGACUCUGUCUGGAGGAGGGACUCUGUCCGGAGGAGGAGGAGGAGGAGGGACUCCGUCCUCCUCCAGACGAAGAGGGACACCGACAGGGUCUCAAUAGAGAUCUGAGGAGGGAGAGGGACACAAUCAGGAGGCUGAGCAAAGACUCCAAUUCUGUCCGGAGGCUGAGGGGGGACUGGGUCCGGAGGCUGAGGAGACCACAAACAGAAAAAAAAAAGAAAAAGAGAAUCCAUGUGGAGGAAGAGGAAGAAACGAUAAAAGAAAGGAGCAAAAAGAGAGGACGAGGACAAAAGGAAGCUGACAAAUAUACACCUCCGAUGACUCGACUCAGAUCAUUCUUUAAAUGGUAA